UCGUCGAUUUUUAUAUCGUAUUUGAAAUACCGUUUUGUGCACGGUUAUUUUAACGUCGGUUACGUAAAACCAUUAUGUUUACACGUGAAAAAGUACCGUUGUCGCGUUUACCUACGUUGCACCAUUUUGUCAAUGGAGUUUUGCCUCUUAUCCCCCGAAUGACAAUUGUAUUCCGAUUCGAUGAAAAAUUGGAUAUUUUAAACUCUGGGAGUUGUCGCUACGUUGAUUCUUAUUUUAGAAUAAAAUAACAGUUCUACGUUUGCGACCAUGAAAAUCAAAUUUCGAUCACUGGCUCGCCAACUCGACGCUGAGAACUACGUAACGUGUAAAAGGGCUUCUAAGCGUAACCCCAAAAUAAAUUCGUUUCUCUGUAACGUGAAAUUUACUCGACGCACUUGUCGACGUGUAACUUAAUUUCUAUCCGUAACAAAUUAUAGUAAAUUAUUUUCAUUAUGUAUAUAUACAUAUACAUAUAUGUUUUACAAAUUAUCGACUAAAAUUCAAUAGAAUUGAAUUUAAAAUAUGCCUAGCACGCUUUAUUAAAGAAAUAUUGACUAUACCCACUUUGAAGGGGUUAAUCUGUACAUUGUUUAAAUAAUAUCCGUUCGUAGUCGAGUAUGGGUUAGAAUAACCUUUCACGAAUGCUCGAGAUACCAGUUCGAGUAAUGAGUAACGAGAAGUAUAAUAAUAUAAAUUUAUCGUAACAUUUACACAAUGACAUAGUUGCCAGAGUCUACUACGCAAUACGACCACUGAAAAUGUUCGAAUUCGUUGGGGACGCUUCGAUGAAUUAUCGUUACCUCCGCUACGAUUGAACCAGUAAUUCGACGAUAUUAUUAUUUAUUAUUAUAAAAUAACGCGUCCAGCGAUGUUUCCAUCGAAAGAUUUCCUAUCGUCCAGGCAUCCAAUCUGCUUCGAAACACGCUCGAAACUGCAGUUCGUAGAACGCACAGUGCGAGGUGCAUACCGAUCGUAUCUGUUCGAAAAUUCACCAUUAAAUAGUCCCAAUAUCACGCGGCUUUCCGCACUCGCUGGACGAACGUUUCCGUGGAACGAAUUAAUUCUGUAAAAUCUUCGGCAGAUACAGGCUCGGGAGAUUCGCGUUCGCGCGUAUCUACUUAGGAACGGAACGACGAUCACGAGUCAAAGGUGAAACGAAAAUCGUGUUGAUUCCACGACGAACCGAUCCACCGAUUAAUUCAGUCGUGCAUAUUGUAGCACAGAUUUCCAAUACAAGUUCACCGAAAAAUAAUGAUACGGAUGUUGUGAUACGCGGCGGACGUGUUUUUCUUCGGCGACUGAGAAUGUUGUCGAUCGGCGUGCUGCUGCUACCUGCCCUGAUAAGUUUCAACACUCAGGACACAUGAGGAGAGUUCGGGCUUAUGAGAUUGUCAGUGGUUCACUGACUCGUCGAAGAUAUCAUUAUGGAGAGCAAUGCGAAAAACGAUGAGUGCGAGAGUCCGGGAACCAGCUCGGGGACCAAGAAGGAGGAAAACGCGCCCCAGAGUGUACAGAAUUGUUCUGAUGCUAAGGUGGUCAUAGACACCAAGAACACUCAAGUUCGUGUUGUCAGGGGCACUAAAAAAAUGAAGCUGGACAUUAGCGACAAUAAUAAUCCAGAGAAGAAAGAUACCAAGGAUGAGGAAAUUAAUGCAGAUGUUAAAGUAAGAGCCUUGAAGAGAUCUUGCGAAUUAUGGUCCAUGGAAGACAAGAAUACCUUUUUCAAAGCUUUAAACGAAUAUGGGAAAGACUUUGAUGCUCUUCAGAGUUAUUUCUUGUGUCAAGGGAAGAAGAAGGGUUUGCCGGAUAUCAUGAUAAAAAAUAAAGAACAGAUUAGGCACUUUUAUUAUAGAACAUGGCUGAAAAUUUCGAAACACUUGAAAUUUUCGGAAGAUCUGAAGAAAACUUCCCAAGAGUUGUAUGGUUUAAUUAAUUACGGCGAGCUUAGAAGGAAAUUACCUAGGAUACAUGAGAAAGUACAUUUGAAACUAAAUGAACUAGUCUACUGGGGCUCAACACAAGUUAGACUUAGGGGAAAAACUAUGAGAAUUAAGACUCCUAUAUGUAGAGCAUUAAGAAAAUUGAAUCAGUUGGAAGAUUGGCAAGAAGAAAUCAAACUGCCAUCUCGAAUAACAAUUGAAUUAAGACCCCGUAAUAAUAUGGCAUGGUGGCAAGUACAAGCAUCAUCCAUGAAUCCAAGAGUAAGAACUUUGUUACCUAUACAAAGACGGUUGUCCAGUUUAUUAAUAUUUUUGCAACAAAGAUGGAGGCCUGCAAAAUACAACACAUCCUCUAACAUAGAGAAUACUAUCACAAAUGAAAUGAAAGAUACCAGGUUGUUACGAGUAGCACCAAUAGAGGGUUGCAAAAUUACUUUACCAAUGGUAAAUCUUGGCGAAUACCUCACCAGUAACAGUGUCAGCUUAAAUUCUUAUGAAAACCGUCUGGGACUAAAAAGUUCUAGAUUGGAUUUAUUAGGAUCUGUACAAGAUUUAAAAGGUGUCGGAAAGAAAGGAAUCAAGAGGACCAAAGUAGACAAAAAGUCUGUGAAUCAAUCAGAAGACAAUUGUAUGCUCCCAGAUAGCAACAGUGACGUAGAUCUGAUAGAAUCCGGCAGCAGUGUUUCAGAAAAAGCGUCGAUAAUUAAUGUUGCAGAAAAAUCGUCUACAGAACAACAGCCAACUGAACCGAAUAGAUUCCCAGGAAGGGAAACCAUUGAAAGAAUACGAAAGGGAUGGAAUGUUGAGGAAGCAAACACUAUCACUGUAGGAGACCUCUUUUUGAUGUUCGGUCGUGAAUCAAAAAUUACUCUGGAAUACUGGUGGGAUUGGCAUCCACGAGAACAGCACACCGGAGAGUCUCCAUCUUGUACUCUGCAAGAUGAGAGUCUAUGUCUGACUUUGCAAAAAUUGUUAUCAAUAGCGAAGCACAGUUAUGGGAAUAGCAAAGUAUACGAUAACACUUCUGGAAGCAACGAAACCGUAAUUUCAUCUCGCAUGCUUUCAACAAAGGAAUCAACCUUCAGAAGACCUCUCAUUCCGCAAACCUACCAUAAAAUUGGUACACCCGAUGCAUUUAAAACACAGCUGGAUAAGUUCAAGACGCGCUUCUGUAAAAGGGGAAGAACCGUAAGGCAAAAGAGUCUCGUCGUGCAAAGGGUAUUACCGAUAAUAUCUGCGUCGAGUAACACGCCAGAAGACAUAACGACAAAUUCCCAAGAGACUAGCAAACCAAAUGAUGCACCUUUAAGUAACAACGAGCAACAAAACGAUAAACAGCCGUCCAUACAUAUCAGCGUGACACCGGAGAAAAUCUUUUUGGAUGAACUCGAAGUGGCGAGGGACUCGAAACCGACGAAUUCGAUUAUAACCAGUGCUACGCAAAUUCUUAAGGAAGGGGAGCACCAAUGGUUGAACAGCGAGGUGGCAGAUUUUUCCUUAAGUAGUUUCUUAGGGCAGCUCGAAUCCCCCAUGAAAAUUUCACAGCGGAGCCACAACAGCGACCACGUAGAAGAUACUCGUCCAUCGUCAGACGUUGUCUCGCAUAUGCAGUGUCUAAUGGGCGAGAACAGCGUGGAUUACAUGGCGAAAUUUGCGAACCUCGCGUCGCAGAUGGCGUCGGACGACAGUAAAAAAUAAUAGUGUAACGGUUGACCUAAUUUUAUAGAAGUUUUAAAGAAAAUGUCUAUUUUAAAUCAUACGAAUUCAAUCAUAUUUUACAAUCGGAGCGUGUAAUUAUCUGUUUGAUAUCGACAUUAUUGACUACGUCACACAAUCGUGGAAACGACUAUAAAUGAAAAAAAAGAAACAAAAAAAAACGAGAUACACAAGCGAAUUACAGAAUUUUUUU